AUGGCGGCAUCGAGAAGCGCAGCACAAACGCACUUAACUCAAGACAUGGAGGAAGACGACGCGGGCACUGAUGAGAGAGAAAUGGACUCUGAAGAAGAGGCAGAGGAAGCCAUGGGAGAUGAAAAUACAGACGAUGAAGCAGAUUCAUCGGAGGACGAUAAAGAAAACGAGGCUGAAAUCCAGCGACUAGAGGAGCAGCUUUCAAUCAAUGCAUUUGAUUACAACUGCCAUAUUGACCUGAUCAAGCUUUUAAAGCAAGAAGGAGAACUUAUCCGUUUGCGAAAAGCAAGGCAGAAGAUGAGCGAACUUUUCCCACUCACUGAAGAGAUCUGGCUUGACUGGCUCAAGGAUGAGAUCCGCCUAACAGAAGAGGAAUCGAACAGAGAGAAAGUUUAUGAGAUUUUUGAGAGAGCUGUUAAGGAUUACCUAUGCCCAGAUAUUUGGCUUGAAUAUGCUCAGUACUCUAUUGGUGGUAUGGGCUCACCUGGAGGGAUUGACAGGGUGAGGGCAAUUUUUGAAAGGGCUUUGACAGCGGUUGGGCUCCACAUGACCAAAGGACAUAUGAUGUGGGAGGCGUAUCGAGAGUUUGAGAACGUAAUUCUCUCGACCGUACAGCCUCCACCUGGAAAAAUACCCAGCCAUCAGGAUCAAGAGUUACUAAAUGCUCAGCUUGAGCGCAUCCACACACUGUUUCGCCGCCAGCUGGCAGUACCUUUAAUGGAUAUGGAGGCCACUUUGGCUGAAUAUGAAGAAUGGGCUGAUGAUGGUGUGCCAGAAGCUGCUACAUUUCAGUAUAAAAAGGCUCUGCAGCUGAAGAAUAAAUGCAAAGCCCUCGAAGAGGCGCUGCUGGUAGCUGAACCACCUCGACUGACAGAAUAUCAAGCCUAUAUAGAAUAUGAACUGAAGGAGGGUGACCCUGCUCGCAUCCAAAUGAUUUAUGAACGUGCUUUGGCAGAGAACUGCCUGGUUCCAGACUUGUGGACAAAAUACACCACAUACAUGGAUCGUCAAUUGAAAAUAAAAGACUUUGUUCUUUCAACUCAUGAGCGUGCAAUUCGAAAUUGUCCUUGGACAAUGGGUUUAUGGAAAGGUUAUAUCCUGGCGCUGGAAAGGCAUUGUGCUGAUCACCAAACCCUGUCAGAUGUUUUUGAGAAGGCACUGAAUGCUGGUUUUAUACAAGCUACAGAUUAUGUUGAGAUUUGGCAGGCAUACCUUGACUACUUGAGAAGACGGGUCGAUUUCAGUAAAGAAUCUAGUAAAGAGUUGGAAGAGUUACGAUCAACCUUUGCAAGAUCAAUUGACUACAUGAAACAAGACGUAGAAGAUAGGUUUGGUGAAAGCGGAGAUCCAUCCUGCAGUAUUAUGCAAAUCUGGGCCAGGAUUGAGGCACUUCAUUGUAGAAAUAUGCAAAAGGCUAGAGAGCUUUGGGAUAGUAUCAUGACAAAGGGGAAUGCAAAGUUUGCCAACAUGUGGUUGGAGUACUACAACCUUGAGAGAUCCUAUGGUGAUACUGUCCAUUGUCGAAAGGCCCUUCACAGAGCUGUUCAAUGCACUUCAGAUUACCCAGAGCAUGUAUGCGAAGUUCUACUAACAUUUGAACGAGUUGAAGGUUCUUUGGAGGACUGGGAUUUAGCCUUACAAAAAACAGAGACCAAGCUCAAUAGAAUAAAUGAGCAGCGUGCCAAAGUGGCAGAAAAAGAAGCUAACUUUGCUCGUCAGGAGGAAGAGCAAUCACAGCAGCGGCAGAAAACAAAAUCUGAAAAGAGAGCACAGAAAAAAAACCAUAAAGGAGUUUCUAUUGGAGAGAAGAGGAAGGCUGAAACCUCAGAUGACUGGAAUGCUGACAUGGUUAAAAGAUCAAAAAAGCACAAGGGAAAUGGUGAUCAGACGACGGAGGAGUUAAUGGAGACUGAGACAGGACUUUUUGGGAAGACUGCCCCUCCGGGUUAUAAGCCUGCUCCACAGGGUACUAAAACGGAUACAGCUCAACGAGAGAACCAGCCUGAGCUACUCUUCAGCAAUAAAGGGGGCUUCAAAGGAUACGGCUAUGUGCAGUUUGAAUCCCAGGUGUGUGUGCCUGAAGCGCUUAAACUGGAUAGGAAGGACGUGGAAGGCAGACCUAUGUUUGUAUCCCCCUGUGUUGACAAAAGUAAAAACCCAGACUUUAAGGUUUUCAAAUAUAACACAGUGAUGGAAAAACAUAAAAUCUUUAUCUCUGGCUUGCCGUUCUCUUGUACUAAAGAGCAACUUGAGGAAAUCUGCCAUAGUCAUGGGAAUAUCAAAGAAGUUCGUCUAGUUACAUAUCGUUCAGGAAAACCAAAGGGACUGGCAUAUGUGGAGUUUGCAAAUGAAAGCCAGGCUUCCCAGGCAGUUAUAAAAUUGGAUGGCACAGAAGUAGAUGGCAACAAAAUUUCAGUCGCUAUUAGUAACCCUCCCCGCAGAAACACUAUGGACAAGCCUGGCUCCAGUCGUGCAUCUGCUGACAUGAUGCCGCCACGUCAAUUUCAUGGAGCGAGAGGUAAAGGCCGGACUCAGCUUUCGUUGCUUCCCCGCUCCCUGAAUCGUCACAGUGGGCCUGAGAGCAAAGUUGAGAAUGGGACUUCAGCACAGGCCGCUACUGCAACAAACCCCAGUGACACAAAACCCUUGUCAAAUGCAGACUUUGCUAGAAUGCUUCUCAAUAAAUAA